GCUUUUUGCAAGGGGACGGACCUUGCGCGCGGGCUUGUUUUUUCGCUGUCGAUUUGAGUUUGCCAAACGACCAUUGUCGUUUCUUUCCCGCCCUUGUCUAGUUUUUUGGUGGAAAUCCGUGUGUUUUGAAUAAAUAAUCGGCGGGCUUCUCCUUUGUCCUCCUUAUCCUUUCGAACCAUGGAAGGCCCACACGUGCCCCUCAAACCCCGUAAAUCCAUAUCCUUCCCAAUUUUGACCUCGUCGUCGGCUCCUUCCGCACCGAUGCCCCCGCCACGUUCAGGACGUAAAGGAUUCCUACGGUCUUUUGCGUCCUUGCUGGAUUUAAGGCCCUUCAAACAUGUUGGAGUUGCCUCAGCGCCGUCACCACAACCACCCGCUGGAGCGCCGCCACCGUUACCCCCGAAAGAACACCCUCCCAAACAUCGCCUCCGCACCAUGCUCAGCACGCCCAUGCUCAAUAAAUUUCGUUCCCCCAAACCCGCCCCUACGCACCAUAUAGACCCGUCGCCUCCAAUCCGCACCAAAAUGUCGCUUGACCUGGAUCGCCGAAUGGCGUGGAAAGUACUACGAGAUGUACCAAUGAUUGAGACAGUACAGGAAACUGAGGAGGAAGAUGAAGAAUUGCCGGAUUUUGAAGACAUGAUUCGAGGAGAUGCGACUAUCAAGGUUUGUUUAACGCCAGAAGAGUUGGAUGGUGUACCUGUGGCUGCCUGUUGAAUAGUCAUGGCAUACGCUGUUGGUUGUAAAUUGGACGAGGACGGGUACAUAUCCAUUAUCAAACAACCAGAUGGAUAUUGUGAAACCUCGAGAAAGAGUCUGGGGACGUAAUAUGGUGGAAGGUGUUGCAAACCUCUGCUGAGAGCUUGCAUGCACUCAUCGUCUUGAUGGACGGGAUACCCGCGAUACGUACCAUUUUUAUGACACUACUUGUUAGAUCUGUUUAAUGUAUGAUGAUUAGACAUUGAUUAGAGUAUGUAGAAAUCCGUUUUGUAGUUUUUUAGUGGUAUAAUUGUUGGUAAUGUUUUAAUAAGUCGUCGUAGUUGUCUUGA